UAAAGUAAACACACACCAUGCAUGUUUAAUCUCGCGUUGUGUUUGACUUGAGGUCAUAUUUGAUAUCGCCAGUUUGUAAAGAGUGAACUUGCAUAGCAGUGUUGGAAAGGGUAAAAGGUGAUAUAUACACACAUUUGUGUGAACGGAUUCAAUAAAAAUGGCUCCUUUGGCAGGUAAAGUGUGUAUUGUGACCGGCGCUACACGCGGUAUUGGGAAAGGGAUCGCUCUUCAACUCGCAGAGAAGGGGGCCAAGGUGUAUAUUACCGGAAGAACGCUGGAUCCCCCGAAAGCUUCGAAAGUGGGUGGGUCUCUCCGUGACACAGCGCAAGAAAUCGAGGCUCGUGGAGGCACGUGCAUUCCCAUCCAGUGUGAUCAUUCCAAGGACGACGACAUCAAGAGACUGUUUGAGACGGUGAAGCGCGAAAAUGACGGUCAGCUCGACAUUCUUGUCAACAACGCCUAUUCAGCCGUAAACGCAAUAUUUACGUCACUGGGGACGCCUUUUUGGGAACAGCCAACGUCAGUUUGGGACGUCGUGAACAACGUUGGGCUUCGUAACCACUACAUCUGCUCCGUGUACGCCGCACAAAUAAUGACUGAACGAAAACAGGGGCUUAUAGUAAACAUAUCAUCAGGGGGUGGUUUGAGGUAUUUAUUUAAUGCCGCUUACGGAAUAGGCAAGGAAGCGUGCGACAGGAUGGCCGCCGAUUGUGGUUUCGAACUCCGUAAGCAUAACGUUGCGUUCGUUAGUCUCUGGCCGGGUCCUGUUGGAACAGAGGAAGUACUCAGUAAAUUCGACAGUGACGGUAACGUCACCAAUCCAGCGGACCGUUCAAUGAGCAAGCAAAGAAUGCGAGAGGUGUUCGAAAAAGGGGAAACCCCCGAAUUCGCAGGCCAGUGCAUCGCAUCGUUGGCAUCUGAGCCGGAUAUCAUGAAAAUGUCGGGGAAGAUUCUGUUAACAUAUGACCUGGGCGUGAAGUAUGGCCUGAAAGAUGAAGAAGGCCAUCAGCCUAUGGACAUGUGUUCGGUAAAGACGGCAUUGUUAAGCAGCGGGCGUACGUGGUUGGCCUCUAUGGUACCCUAUUUUGUUAGGUUUCCGAAGUGGGUGGUGGCUUUAAGUGGAAACAAGUUUUAUUAGUCACUGGACGCUUUCACUUGUACAGCAUGACGUGAGAAUUGUUGCGGAGGUUACAUUGGAUAUGAGGCGUUGUCUGCACAUACAUGUAUUCAAAUCGAACAAAUAAAGGAAAACUACCGAACAGAGUCGUAGACUUCGAUUGAUCUCUGUGUUAAUUCAUUGAUUAAAUGAUGUUGUGAAAAAUUUACAUUUUUGUUAAUGUCUAAUUAGUUUUACGUUAACCUAGCACCCUUUAUUAAGCAGUAUUACGAGAGAUUGUGAGUAUUGUUCACUAACGUUGUAAGCUGUGUUGAUGGACAUAAUGUAGAGUUAUGCAAAUAUAGUUCCAAAAUGUUGUUUUCAUGAUCUAUAUUAGUUGUAUUGUUUAAUAAAAAUGGUUGAAGUCGUUUCA